AUGAACCCGCAAGACGCGAAGAACGGUGGCGCCACGCCCAAUGACAGCGAACUCUACUUCAACCAGGACUUGAAUGGUUUGUCGUUGGCUCGGGCGCCUCAGGGUGUAAGUUUAUUGCACUUUUAAAAUUUUGGGUUGUAAAGAAAGUUUUUGCAACUUUUUGUUUUGGAAAAGAAGUUCUUGCCACUUUUUGUUUUGUAAAGAAAGUUUUUGUCCUUUUUCAGUUUGUAAAGAAAGUUCUUGCCAUUUUUUGAUUUGUAAAGAAAGUUAUUGCCAUUUUUUGUUUUGGAAAGAAAGUUUUUGCAGCUUUUUGUAUUGCAAAGAAAGUUAUUGUCAUUUUUCAAUAUACAAAGGAAGAUUACGCUAUUUUUAAUCUUGUAAAUAAGAUUCCUACCCAACCCUAGAAAAAAAAUGAAGAGCGGCGAAGAAUUGACCCAAAGGAAAGUUUUUGGCAUUGUGCAACAGCAAAGAUGUUCUUUCUUUGAAAGAACUAUGUUUUCGUUGAAAUCCUUUUUCAAACUAAUCAAGGGUUAAUAUUGCGUAUGUUUUGUGAUAAACGAAAGCCUAUUGUAUGUGUUAACUAUGCCAAUACGUUUUAUUAGGUUAACUUUACUUUAAUCGACCGAUUUGAGCCGUUUAAGACUUCCAUGUUCGAAUUGUGCAAAGCGAUCUCCUAAUGAAGAUUGUUUUGCUUUAUAACUUUUGAAGGAGUAACAAAACCUAUUUUUAUUUUUAUAUAUUUAAAAUUAGUGUAAAAAGAUCUCUAAAAUGAUAUAAAACAUGUCUGAUUUCCAAUUGUAGUUUUUGAGAAAGGACGUUGGCCUUGCGGAUAUUAUAGUAGACCAGUUGUUUGCGUGAUAACUUUUAGUCUCCCAUAUUUUCUAAAAUAGUUUUUGUAUAUUUAGAAUCAGUGCAAAAAGACCUAUAAAAUGAUAUAAAACAUGUAUAUUUUUCUAUUGUAAUUUUUGAGAAAAAAUACCUUCGUUUCGGAUCUUAUAGUACACUAUCUAAUCGCGCUAUAACUUCUGAGAAAUUACCACAAUUGAUUCAUGUUUUUGUAUGGUUAGAAGAAGCAUAAAAAUACCUUUAAAUAAAACACAAAUAUUCUUUUUUAAUUUUAGUUUUUGAGAUAGAAAGAACAGUUUUUUCAUAUUGUAGUAGACCAUCUGAUCGCGUUGAAAGUUGAAAACCUUUUAAAAACAGAAAAUUGACAGUUUUAUGUUUAGCAACUGUUGAAUACUUAUUUUUUGUUGUUUUUGCUUUGAUUUUAGAUUCGAUUUGCCUAGGUUUACCUUGAUUUAUAUACGUUUUUAUAGAUAACAAGGUCUUGAUUUAGGUUUGUUUGGAAAAAAUAAUAUUUUUUGGCUUGAGAACUAUGUUUUUUGGUUGAAAAUGAAUGUUAUUGUUGAUGUAUAGAUUAUUUUAGCAGUGUCUUUUUGUUUUUUAUUCAAAUAUUAUGUUUUAGAUUCGAAUUUGACAAAAAAAACCUACCUAAAAAUGUUGUUUUAGAACACUGACUUGCGAACGGCUCGCUCCUUCUCUGCGCAUCGGUUGCAAACGGCUUGCUCUCGUUCAAGAUCGAAUUCCCGAACCAAUGUGGCGCCUCAGAAUCAGGCAUCACCGUCGGAUGAGGUGCUGAAGCGUCAGAACUUGACUCAGGACGAUCUGAAGGAGCUGCUACAGGCUUUACUGGCGAAACUCGGCUUUGAACAUUUGAAUGGAGAGAUUGUGUGCAAGAAGUGUGGCCAACGGCUCCAUAGUCACAUGGAGGACCCGGCACCAGUCAGCAAGAUGAAUUUGGGAGCUCCGAGACAGUCUCGACUGGUCGGAAGAGGUCAGCCAGUUGGACGGGGUGGACAGCCAGUUGGAAGAGGUGGUCAACCUCAAGGGCAAGGUCAACCAACACAACAUGGUCAAGUUAACUAUGGCCCUUUCGAUCCAGUUGGCCAGGGUGAGCUCCUAAGUUAUAGUUUUAAAAUUUGAAAGCUGGAAAGAAAGUUCUUGCCAUUUUUUGCUUUCUAGAGAAAGUUCUUUCCAUUUUUGUUUUGUAAACAAAGUUUUUGCCAUUUUUUAUUUUCUAAAGGAAGUUUUUUUCAUUUUAGGUUCUGUAAAGAAAUUUUUUGCCAUUUUAUGUUCUGGAAAGAAAUUUUUGGUUAAUUUUAGUUUUGUAAAGAAAGUUCUUGCCAUUUUCGAUACAAAAUGUAAAAAAUAGAUUCCACUUUCAAAAACUUACCCCACCCUCGAAUAAAAAUGAUUUUUUAGAUGGUCAGCCGGCUUGUCAAGAACCAUAUGGUCGAAUUGACCCACUGGAAGCUGAAUUGUUGACUGCUCGUCUAUUGGGAUCGGUUACUGAAUUGGGAACGGCCAAGGCCCAGUCUUUGGACAAUUUGGGAACGGCGAAGUCGGCUUCGGCUACUAGACUUGGUCAAGGUAAGGUGUUUUUUGAAGGAUAUGAGGUAAUAUGGUUUGGAAAGAAAGUUCUUGUCAUUUUUGGUUUUGUAAAGAAAGUUCUUGCCAUUUUUUGUUUUGUAAAGAAAGUUCUUGCCAUUUUUCAUUUUGUAAAAAGAGUUUUUGCCAUUUUUAUUUUGUAAAGAAAAUUUUUGCAAUUUUUUGGUGUAUAAAGAAAGUUCUUGCUAUUUUUAGACAUUAGAACCGCCCGUGGCCGCACUCCUCAGCAACUUGACCAAGGACAAUAUUCGGACGUUACGACCGCUCGUCUCUUGGCUUCCUUGACCCAGUUGGAAACGGCCAAGUGCCCUUCGUACUAUGCUUUGGACGGUCCAGCGGGUCAGAGUCAGUAUGGACAAGGUUGGUUUUUUGUUAUUUUUCUGUACUGUAAAGAAAGUUCUUGUCAUAUUUUACUUUGUAAACAAAGUUCUUGCCAUUUUUUACUUUGUAAAGAAAGUUUUUGCUAUUUUAUGUUUUGUAAAGAAAGUUUCUGCUAUUUUAUACGAAAAAUGUUAAGACUUGGCCACAGCCCGCCAGAUGCCGUCAGAUUCUCAACUUGGAACGGCCAGUUCACGUUCAAAAACCAACCUGAGCCAAGAUGGAUCAAGUCAACCUCAAGGUCAUGGUCAAGUCGGCUCAUUCCAACCUUAUCAACAGGAUCAAGGUGGACUGCCUCAACAAGGUCAGCUUGGCCAAGGAGGUCUUCCACAAGGUCAAUAUGCUCAACUAAGAACGGCCAGAUCACGGUCUAGGACUGGCUUGGGACAGGGUAGUCAGGGUAAGUUUUUUCUGCCAUUUUUUGUUUUUUAAAGAAAGUUCUUGCCAUUUUGUGUUUUGUAAAGAAAGUUUUUGCCUUUUUUUGCUUUGUAAAGAAAGUUUCUGCUGUUUUUAGACUUGUCAACAGCCCGGCCAAUGCCAUCGGAUUCCCAACUAGGAACGGCCAGGUCACGAUCAAAAACAAACUUGAGUCAAGAUGAAGCUGGUCAACCUCAAGGUCAUGGACAAGUUGGCUCAUUCCAACCACAAGAUCAUUAUGGCCCUCUGACUACGCAUCAAGCCGAACUUUUGACUGCCAGGCUUUUGUCUUCGAACAGUGAAUUGAGAACGGCCAAAGCACAGUCGUUGGACUAUCUUGGAACGGCCAAAUCAGCGUCGGGGACUCAACAGCCAAGUCUUGGUCAAGGAGGUCUUCAACUAGGUCAACAAGGUCAAGGUGGGUUUUGGGAGUUUUAAAGGUGCUGGAAAGAAGUUUUUGCCAUUAUUUGGUUUGGAAAGAAAGUUCUUGCCGUUUUUUAUUUUGUAAAGAAAGUUCUUGCCGUUUUUCAUUUUGUAAAGAAAGUUCUUGUCAUUUCUUACUUUGUAAAGAAAGUUUUUGCUAUUUUUCAUUCUGUAGACAAAGUUCUUGCCAUUUCCAGACUUGAGAACAGCUCGCGGUCAAACUCCAGGACAACUUGGCCAAGGUCAGGGACUAAGAACAGCCAGAUCACGUUCAAGAUCGAACCUAAGUCAAGACGGAGCAGGUCAACCCCAAAGUCAUGGACAAGGCGGUCAACCUCAAGGUUACCACCCAGGUCGCUAUUCAGAUUUGACAAUCGCUCGGCCAAUGCCAUCGGAUUCUCAGCUUGGAACGGCCAGAUCACGGUCUAGAACUAGCUUGGGUGGUCUACCUCAAGGGAGUCAACCGGGUCAAUGUGAGUUUUUUGUUUUGUAAAGAAAGUUUUUGCAAUUUUUUCGUUUGUAAAGAAAGUUCUUGCCAUUUGCAUCAAAACCAGCCUUUUUUUGGGCUUUGAAGGUUGCGGGUGAUAAGUUAUACGAUAAAAAGUAUUUUUUGGUUUUGUAAACAGUUCUUGCUAUUUUUUGUUUUGUAAAGAAAGUUCUUGCCAUUUUUUUGCAAAGAAAGUUUUUACAAUUUUCCAUUUUGUAAACAAAAUCUUUGCCAUUUUUUUGGAAAAUUUGUUACUACCCCAAAGAAUCACUUCACCCCUCAAAAUUUACCCCGCCCAAAAUAAAAAUGAAUUUUUAGAUGCUCAACUCUCUGGUCAAGAUCAAUAUGGAGGCAUGACCCCUCAGGAAAUUGAACUUUUGACUGCAAGAAUCAUGGAUUCCUAUAGUCAAAUGAAAACGGCUAAAGCUCAGUCCUUGGACAACCUCGGAACAGCCAAAACAGCUUCGGGUACGAAUCAGCCUGGUCUUAUGCCACAACUUGGCCAAGGAGGUUUUCAGCCAGGCCAGCAUGGUCAAGGUAGGUUUUUGAGAAUUUUAAAGGCGCUGUAAAGAAAGUUCUUGCCAUUUUUUGUUAUGUAAAGAAAGUUCUUGCCAUUCUUCGUUUUGUAAAGAAAGUUCUUGCCAUUUCCAGACUUGAGAACAGCUCGCAGCCAAACUCCUGGACGACUUGGCCAAGGUCAGGGACUAAGAACGGCCAGAUCACUGUCGAGAAGCAGCUUGAGUCGAGAUGGAGCAGGUCAACCCCAAGGUCAUGGACAAGGUGGUCAAGGUUAUCACCCAGGUCGCUAUUCAGAUUUGACAACCGCUCGGCUGAUGCCUUCGGAUUCUCAGCUCGGCACGGCCAGAAACCCAUCGUACUAUGAUGUUCUGGAGAACUCCAAGCCUGGACAAGGUAGGGGUUUGAUGACAUUUGGAUUUUUUAGGCGAUUUUGUGUUUUGUAAAGAAAGUUUUUGCAAUUUUUUAUUUUGUAAACAAAGUUCUUGCCAUUUUUUGUUUUGUAAAGAAAGUUCUUGCUAUUUCUCAGACCGUAAAGAAAGUUCUUGUCAUUUUUUGUUUUGUAAAGAAAGUUCUUGCCAUUUUUCAUCAUGUAAAGAAAGUUUUUGCAAUUUUUAGAUUUGGCAACAGCCCGGGCAAUGCCAUCUGAUUCUCAGCUAGGAACGGCCAGAUCACGUUCAAGAACCAACUUGAGUCAAUCUGGAGCAGCUCAACCUCAAGGUCAUGGCGGUCAACCACAACAUGCUCAACCAGGUCAACACCAACCACCCUUUGGCAAAACACCCUUUGAUCAGCACGCCAUUGGCCAAGAUCAUCCCGACAAACUCCAAACGGCUAAAUCAGCCCCAUCGGCUUCGAAUCUAGCCACGGCCAAAGCCAAAUCUCCCAUGGCUGCUAGCCAAAAGUCUACUAAGUCCAAGCGAAAGUCAAGGAAGAGCAAAUCCAAGAACAAGUCGAAAUCGAAGAAGUCGAAUCGACUGGUCAAGGAUCAUCGCAAGAAGCCGGAGUCGGUCGAAAUGGAUUCGAAGGUUCUUGGUCAAGGUGAGUUUGUAAAAUUUGAAGUUUUUUAAAAAUUCAAAAAAAUUUUUUGAAAUUUAAAAAUUUUUGAAAAACCAGUCAAUAUUGAUUUUUGUUACUUAAAAUUUUAAAAAAUGUUACUUUUGUUACCUAAAAUUUUGAAUAAAGCUCUGUUUGUUACCUAAAAGUGAAAAAAAAAUUUUCUUAUCUAAGAUACUAAAAAAAUGAAAAAAAGUCUUUUUGUUACCUAAAAAUCCAUUUUUUUUAGACUUGAAAACAGCUCGACAAGCUGCCUCUUCGACUCAGUUGGCUACGGCCAGAUCACGGUCACAAUCACGCUUGGGACACAGUCAACUUGCACCGUCUCAUCUGAUUGAUCAAGGUGGGUUUUUUAUCGCUGAAAGUUGAAAAAAUAGCAUUUUGUUACCUAAACUCAAAAAAAUAUUUUAUUACCUAAAAUUCUAAAAAAAAUAUGUUUUUUGUUACCUAAAAUUUUAAAAAGUAUAUUAUUUGUUACCUGAAAAUUGAAAAAGAUUAGUAUUUGUUACCUAAAAAUCAAAUUUUCAGAACUAAAAACAGGCCGUCAGGCUUCUUCAACUCAACUGGCUACAGCUCGCUCACGGUCGCAAUCACGUUUGAGCCAACAAGGACAGUACGGUCAGCCACAGUAUGAGGAGUUCCGCCAGCAAGGCCAACAACAGCCAUUGUUUGGCCCAUCAGCAGCUCAACCUGUGGCCAGAAGACGAUCGACCAGUCACACUCGGACCGCCUUGGACAAUGAAUUGAGCAAGGAUGUGGCUACAGCUGUGCUACCUUCAUAUACUGACCAGCUGUCGGAGCAAUUGGCUACGGCGAAGGAAAAGGCUUCGGCUACACACUUGGCUACGGCUAGAGGACAGGCUUCUGGGACUUAUCUUUCUACGGCUAGAGGACAAAGCUCGGCUUCUCAUUUGGCUACGGCUAGGGGUCAAGGUUCGGCUACUGGCUUGGCUACGGCUAGAGGACAGGCUUCCGAAUUGGCUACAGCACGUGGCCAAGGCUCGGCUGCUUAUCUGGCUACGGCUAGGGGGCAGGCCUCGGCUACAGACGUGGCUACGGCUAGGGCAAGAAGUGCCAGAAGAGCACCAUCUUUCUCGGAGCAGGGACCAAAUGGACCAUUGGAUCAGGGAGCAUCUCCAUACGAUCAAGGACCAAGUGGACCAUAUGAACAAGGACCAAACGCGCCAUCACAGUUGGGACAAGCACCAAGUGAACCAUUCCGCGGCCGAAGGGCACCAUCCUUGAGCCGAGGACCAUUAUCUUCAGGCCGAGGACCAUCAAGCCGCGGAGCACCAAAACGCCCCCUCUCCCAAGGACCAAAGGACCAGCUGAACCAGUUCAUGAAGGACAAGAACCUCACCCCCAACGACCUGAAAGCCCUCUUCCAAAUGCCCGCCUUCCUCGCCCUCCUCGCCAAACUCGGCUUUGUCCACCCCAAGAAUGACAUUAUCUGCAAUCAGUGCAAGCAAAAACUCUGCAUUCAAGCCGCAGCCGCCGCCCAGGACAGCCAAACCACGGAAACCGCGCUGGACUGUGAAUCGAGUAAAGACGUCCAAACCGCCCAAUACCCAUCGACUCGCGAGGAACACCAACUAAUCCAAAAUCUGAACGAACUGAACGCGGUCUGUGUUGAUGUUGGUUUUUUUGAAAAUAAUUUUGUUUGACAUGGGCGCGGUUUUAAAAUUUUUUUUUGUAAUGACUUUUUUUUGGAAAAUUUUGAAAAUUUUAGUAUUAUUUGGCCGUGGAAAGAAAGUUUUUGCGAUUUUUCAGUUUGUAAAGAAAUUUUUUACAAUUUUUUGUUGUGUAAAGAAAGUUCUUGCCAUUUUUUGUUUUGUAAAGAAAGUUUUUGCAAAUUUUUAUAAAAAAUGAGAAGCGGAAAGAAAGUUUUGGCCGUUUUUGGAAAUGGAAAGAAAGUUCUUGCCAUUUUUUAGUUUGUAAUGAAAGUUCUUGCGGUUUUUUGUUUUGUAAAGAAAGUCCUUGCCAUUUUUCUGAAUUAUGAAGUUUUUAAAUAAAAAAUGAAUUUUGUUACCUAAAAUAAUAUUUUUUAAACUUUUUAAAUAUUUGCUGUAUUUCAGACCGCAACCCAAGCCCUCGGAGGACAAAACAACACUGCCAAUCGCUACAGCGGAGUUCAAGACCAACGUGUCCACCAGGACCAUUCGAGCUCUCGCACCACUCGCAAAUCCGGAUCUUUCAACUGA